UAUCGUAUUCAAUAAACUGGCAGCCGCGGAGUGGGUCGGCUACUUCACGCUACAGCUAGACACGCGUUUAGUUCGCGAUAAUAAAACGAAACAAUGUCGUGAUGAAGUCGUUUCUGUACCUAAUUAGCGUUUAAAUUACCACCUCUUGUCCCCAUUAUGAUAUUUAAGUACCUUUAGCAUGUCCUGUUAUAAAAGACGUCACAUUAUUUAAUAAUCGAAAUGUGUUCAAUAUAUGAAUUACAAAUUUGGGGUGAUCUUACCAAAUGCUUGAUCUAGUUAGAUUUAAUUAAAAGCAAAUUAAAAAUCAGUUAAGUAUGAAAGAAAAUAUGUCACAUUGAAGAUCGCGUGACGUGACCGUUUUAAAUUGCAAAACUGAGAAGACAGUCAUCUAUAUCUGAGCAGUUUAUAUUUAAAGCUAGUGUAAAAUGACGUCGAUCAAAGAAGACGAAAAGAAAGAAAUCCCUGAAAUUAUACACGAUCCACAAACCAGCUGCACAUAUCAAAGGUUAAGAUUUUUUGGUAAGGGUGGCUUUGCAAAAUGCUACGAAAUACAAGACAUAGCUACCAACCAGAUAUAUGCUGGCAAAAUUGUAUCCAAAAAACUUAUGGUGAAAUCCAGUCAAAAGGAAAAGAUGGCUCAGGAGAUCUCUAUUCAUCGCUCACUACAACACAAACAUGUAGUUGGCUUCCACAGUUUCUUCGAAGACUCCCUCAAUAUUUACAUCAUACUUGAGCUGUGCAAAAGGAGAUCAAUGAUGGAGCUUCACAAGCGUCGGAAAGCUAUAACUGAACCAGAAACACGGUUCUACAUGCACCAAAUUCUGCUUGGUGUCCAAUACUUGCACAGCAAAAGGAUCAUCCAUAGGGACCUAAAGCUCGGCAACUUGUUUCUUGAUGAUGAUCUACAUGUUAAGAUUGGAGACUUUGGCCUUGCAGCUAGAAUUGAAUAUGAAGGAGAAAGAAAACAGACUCUAUGUGGGACACCUAACUAUAUUGCGCCCGAGAUAUUGACGAAGAAGGGGCAUUCCUUCGAAGUGGACAUCUGGAGUCUUGGCUGCAUCAUGUACACUUUAUUGGUCGGAAAACCGCCAUUUGAAACGUCUACACUGAAAGACACAUACAAACGCAUCAAACAGUGUGAAUACAGCGAGGGCGUAUACCUAGCGAUGCUGUUACUUUGCGCGGGCUCAUGGAAAUCAAUGGGUAGCCGUUACGCUCGGGCGGUAGUCAACUAUAAUACAAUCAAACACCACUACAGGAUCCCAUCAUCGCUCCGAAAGCCCGCCGCGUCAAUGAUAGUACUGCAACUCCAGUCGAACCCGGCGCGGCGGCCGUCCGUCGACAAAUUACUGCAGCACGAGUUCUUCUCGUCCGGAAUCCUGCCAGCAGCGCUACCUCUCUCCUGCCUCACCACCGCUCCGCGUACAGAUCAGCUAGAGAGCAUGUCGCUGAACCGCCGACCUCUUAAUGAGGUUCAUUCUAAUGAGCAAACAGCAAUGGGCGUGGACUCGCCAGUGAAACGCGACUUGUUGAAUGUGGAGCCACGGGCCGUGGAACCGAGCUCACACAGGCAGAACCUCAUUGCACUCCGCGACCAGCUUGCUGCUCUGCUUGUUAGCAAGCUAAAAUGCCGUCCAGAAUGCCUGACCGACGAAUUGAGCGACCCGGCCGCUCAACCACUAGUGUGGGUUGGCAAGUGGGUCGACUACAGCGACAAAUACGGCUUCGGCUACCAGCUGUGCGACGAGAGCGUCGGUGUCAUGUUCAACGAUACCACCAAGCUUAUCAUGCUAGCUAAUGGACUAAACGUGCACUACAUUAAUCGACAGGGCCAAGAACAAUACAUGACGAUGCGCGAGUACCCACAGGAACUUGACAAAAAGAUGAAACUGCUCACAUACUUCAGAAGAUACAUGACUGAACACCUCAUGAAAGCUGGGGCAUCGGUGCCAGUGAGAGAGAGUGAUGGCCUGUCACGGUUACCACAUCUACACCAAUGGUUCAGAACCACCCUGGCCGUCAUUAUGUACUUAACAAAUGGGACGUUACAGAUAAACUUCCAAGAUCAUACAAAAAUAAUCCUGUGCCCACUGAUGCAAGCUGUGACUUACAUUGACAUGGAGAAAAAUUUCCGUACAUUCCGCUUCAGCACGAUCGAGGAGCACGGCUGCGACAAGAAGUUGUACACUAACCUCACAUAUGCAUUAGAGAAAUUAAACAGCGUACUAGCAAAUAAACUGUGCUAGCUCUAUUAUAUAAUUUAAUUAAAUGAGAUUUUCCAGCAAAGGGUAAUAAAACCCUUCGACGUUAACCAGUGAACUAGCGUUCGAUAGGUUAUUACCCUAUUAAUAGGCUACAAAAAGUUUAACUACAACUUUUAUGAAUUUGUUAAAGUUUUAUCGUCUCAAAAAUCAAUUCCCAUUGAUUUAUUUUAAUCUAUAUUUCUUACUCUAAUCUAUAUUUUAAUCUAUAUUUCUUUGUAAUCCACCAGUGCAGUUAUUUAUUUUAUAAAAAUGUAUUUUUACAAACUUUCAUAAUUUGUAGUGUUCUCAAUUGUUAAAUACAAUUCAAAUUUUUAACAUUUUGCGAACAGGUUUCAAAAUAAUAAAGGCUCAAAAAAAUCUUUAUCUCAGAAAUAUCCAUAAUGCCAUAUAUCGUAAUGUAUCAAUUUUUAACUUUAAUUGAAAAUUUGUUUAAACCACUUAGAUAAAAUAAGACAGAAAUGUUUAAUAUUAUAAAAAAUAUGUAUAUUUUAAAAUUAUCCACUAUAACAAUAAACCCUUAUUUUUACCUUUACCCUUUAAGAAAUAUACCACGUUUAUACUAUCCUUGCUUUGCAGAAAAUUAUGGUAUUCUGAGAUAUAGAAGUUUUAGGACUUGCAUAUUUUGAGAUUAAAUGUUUUAAAUAACCAUUAAUACAAAAUGAAUAGCAUGCAACAGGUAUUAUAGAAGUACAAAAUUCAAUAUUUAAUAAUAAAAUUCUCAUAGCUCUACUCGAUAUUUAAUAAUAAAAUACAACUGGGUAUUUUGUGCCUUCACGAUUGAAGUAGGAUAAAUUAAAUUUUAGUAAUGAUCUUACGAACAUAGUUAAUAAUAAGCACCAUGACUGAGGGGCUAGGGUGCGAGUUCAUAAGUUUGGAGUUGUUUAUUUAGUUUUAUAACUAUAUUUUUUAUAACAUGUUUCCGUGCUUCAGUAACAUCGGAACGAAAUUAUUUAUAUUUCAUAUCAAUGCAUCAUUUCAGAUAAGCUAUAUAAGUACUUACACUUUCUUGCUCAGAAAGAAACGUCAUUCACAAGUUACUAUUGAGAAGAAUUUGGCAUUCUCUUUUAAUCAGCAGUAUUAUUAAAUUCGAUCGUGUUGAAGCACUCAUUUGUAACUUGAUGUUUCUCAAGAGGUUAGUUACCUCAUGUAACAAUGAAUAUUGACAAUAAAGUUGUAAGGAAGUAAAA